AUGUUCUUCUACGUAACAAUCGGCAUCCUUUUCUGCUACACAUUGUUGUUGAUCGGUUUCUUCAUGGGAUGGUGUACGCUGAUCCCGGCAAAAUUCCAUUCGAGGAAAGGUCUCCCCUUCUCGACGAUAAAAUCGCCACGGAGAAACACAAAAUUCGUGGCCAUCGAUACAGUUUCCUCGAGUGCCUCUCUCGAGCAAAUCCGACACAUUUCCGAUCGUGAAAGGCUCUAUUCGUUAGCAAAGAAAAAGAAAUGCUCACUACCACUCGUUGACUCGAGAAAACUGGAUGACUAUCUUCAUCCAAAGUACUCGUUACCACCAAGAACAAGCGACAUUCUGCAGAGAAAGCUCGACUUCGAAAGUUUUCUCCGUGUCCCCGGUCGAACAUCUCGUUCCGAGUCGAUUCCCUCAGCCAAAUCAAUUGAAAACUUUCGCCGGGUUUCUGUGCCAGAAGUGAAAAUUAUUAUUGAAGAAUUC